CUGAGAUCGGUCGAUUAUAUUACACGAGAAAAGGCUCAUAUAAACGUUGUGUUGUUCCAAGUGUUAGUUUUGGUGAUAAUAAUAAGCAUUACUCUGAAUUUUGCGUUAUAUCGUCAUGUGGAAGCCAAAAGGCCCAGUUUUGUUUUCACUCUACCCUAGUACCCUGCCCACCAGGUGUAGUUGUUCGUCUGCUCAGCCGUGUCCCAGAGCAAGGGAGCGCUGGAAUCCGCAGGCCGCUCGGGCCAGGCCUGGGCGAGGCCGGCCCAGACCUUGACGUCCGACCACGUGGCCUUGCCGCCGUCGGCGGCGAAGAAGCUCAAGCCGGUGCUGUCGUUGCGCGAGGGGUAAAUGCGCGCCGUCAGCGUGAAGCGCUCGUUGACCCAGAUCUCGAGGAGGGAGUUGUCGAGGACGACGUGGAAGUUGAGAGGCUCCGUGACAGUCGCGUUGGCGCUCUUUUUGUGGAUCUGGUAGGGUUCAAAGUGGCCGACAAAGGCGGCGGUGUUGAAGUUGGGGAGGAGGCUGCUGUGCGUGCGGAGGACACUGAUCUCUGCCGUCUCAGGGUCGAAGCGGAUGGUGGUGUACUCGGCGUUGUCGGGGCUCUGGGCGAGGAUGAUGCCGGCGGGGCCAGAGAAGUCGCUCAGGGUCGCCGUCAGUUCGUAGGAGGUGCCGAGGUUGACUGAAGCGGUCUUGGCGGAGUCGUUGAUAUGGCCGAUCUUGAAAUCGUAGUGCUUAGCGCCCUUGCGGAGGUGCUUAAUGACGUCGGGGAGAGGGCGGACGCCGAGAGUCUGGACGGUGUGGCCGUUGUGGCUCUUGAUGCAGACGCUUCCGUCCUGCUGCGUGCCGCAAUUCUGGACGUCCUUGGUCUCCUUGAUGUGGAGCUCCAUGGGCAGGUUCAAAGUGCCUUGAUAGCCGAACUGCUUGGAGGUGUUGUAGACGUAGUCGCCCAGGAUGUCGUCGUUGGCCCAUCCCCACAUGACGCGUCUGUCGUUGUUGGAGGUGUCCUUCCAGGUAGCCUGGGCGUACGAGAUGCCCCAGUCAAUAGCGCCGCCAGAGUUGGGGGUGAACUCGACCGAGCCGUUCUCGCGACGAGCGAGGUCUCCGCGGUUCCACAGAGCCCACUGCUCCUUCCAGUGCUGAGUGGUGUUUCCACCCUCGGCACCCAUGGUGACGAACCAAGCCUUCUCGUCCGUGCUGCCGAUCGGCAAAUCGAAAAAGCUGCUGACUUCGAAGUUGUAGCCGUACGAUCCCGUGAUGUCGGGCUUGCCGAGGGAGGAGUUUGCGGUGGGCUCCCAGAGGGCACCGAGGAAGGUCCACUGGGUCAAGUUGGAGGAGGGGGCCGAGUACAGAGGAAUGCGCGGUCCGAUGAAGCCCGGACGUCCAGCGCCAGGGAGCUGCGCGGGGACAUCGCCGGUCUUGAGGCCGGAGCCGAGAACCAUGUAGUAGUGGGGCUCGCUGGCUUUGAGGAGGCUGUCGAGCUCCUUGGAGGGGAAGAAGCUGGGAUCUCUCCAGCCGGUGACGUUCCAGCCCUCGGGAGGACUCGAGAUGACAGUGCCGACUUCAUCCCAGGUGGAACCUCCGUCGCUGGAGGUGAACAUGGCCUGCACCUCAGUGCCGGGGAUGUAUGGCUGCUUCCAGUUCGUGGGCAGGUGGUGAAUGCCGGUACCGAAGGUCAGGAGGGUACCAUCGCUGACGCCCUCAAGGUUGACGGGCUGUGCUGUGCCGCUGAACUGCGACAGAGGGUCGGCGGCGUACUCACCGGACGCGAGUGACACAGACGAGGCGUUCUGCCAGCCGCGCACAUCCGUCCAGUGGAACAAAUCCUUAGACACGGCGUGGCCCCAGGACACAUUGCCCCAGUUCACAUGGUUGGGAUGGAAUUGGUAGUGCAGGUGGUACGUCUCGGUAGCUGGGUCGUAGAGCGCGCCGCAAGGGUCGUUCAUCCAACUGUGCGGCGCGAGGUAGUGCGAGCGAGGCCUCCAGCGGGUGAAGAGGGAGCUGUUGCCCGCCGUCGCGAGGAACUGGGGCGUGAUGGUCGGAAGAUCGGCGGACGCGGGGACCGCAGCGGCUGCGAGAGAAGCAAUCGCCGUGAAGACGGCACCACCCUUGAGAACGGCCAUGCUGUGCGAUGUGCGUUGGAGACAAGCCGCUGGAAGCCCGUACCCCACCUCGCGGGGGCGUUCUUCUUAAAUAGCCUACGCGUGAUCGUUAAAAGUGGCAUAUGACCUCCGAUCCUGAUGCGGACGGAGACGUUCCCGAAAUUGGCUCCAUGUGGAAUCCGGAUGCGGACAAUAUUGAUCUCUGGGCCCUGGCAUAGCCUGGCAUGCGAGCACACACUUCCUUAUUGACAAACACGCCCGGUAUGAGGCACAAGUGUGCUGAGUGCAACAUUUGCCUUGGGGAGACUCAUGACAAAGUCUAUCAUUGGCUUCAAGCAGUGGUGGUGCGCUCCUUGGCUGUUCCGUCACAGAUUCCAGGCCAGGAGUCACAAGAGGUAGAGGCAUGUGUUUGAAAGACACGUUACAUAUCCACGCCUCAGCUUUUGCGUCCACAUCCAGGAUCGGACGAUCACAUACGAGGUCCGCAUGCCACAUCAGACGUCAGCGUCUGAUGUGCACAAUAUCGAUUGGAGCUCGCUGGCAUAUGAUGCCGCUGGCGCGGUUGAUGGAGGUUGAUGGAAGUCGCCACUCAUUACUUCAAACCUGCAGGCCUCGAACGGCUAGCUUCUGGGGACAAGAUGCCUAUAGUCAACUGGCGCGUGAAGCCAGAUUUGGUCUCAGCGUAAAUAUGUUCAAUGUACUAUGGCAUGUGGAUUCUUGUUUGGCUGCGCUUACUAAACCUCGUUAUUUAUUAAAUUGCUCCUACUCGAUUGGUUCCGCCUUUCACCGCCUCGCUCCGUAUGCCUCCCUCAGAGGCACAGAAGAUACGCCGAUCCACUAGAAGUUGCGACUUCUGUCGCAAAAGAAAAGUCAGAUGUAGGUGACGGGCCCCAGCGACCGGGAGAUGAUUGCUCGCAUUGCAUCUCGUUUGGAUCGGUCUGUUCGGACGCGUGGUCCCAAGCGCCAGAAGGGCGACGAUGUCGAAAGUCUCCAGGCAAGGAUCGACGCGUUGGAGGCAAAACUACGAUCCCUUUCCGUCUGUGCUCUGUGCUCUCAGCCGUUGAAUAUCGAGAAGCACGACUCCCCAGGCGAUAAAUCAUCCCCAGAUGACGGCGAUGAGGUGCAGGAACAACCCACGACUGAGGAUGGGAUCACACAGACCGAUCUCAUCAGCCAAUUUCGCCAGUUUUCCCUCAAGCUGCCGCGAUUCCAGUUAUACUUUGGGCCCUCGAGCACUUUCGCGUUUGCGCGUAAUGCUAUGCUUGUGAAGGAAAAGCUACUCGGAAACGCCGCACAGCCAGAGUCUCCAUCCCUGAUGGUGCUGUGGAACUUCCAUUCGUGGGAACACGAAGCAUACUUUCAUCACCAACCGUGCUACGUCUACCCUCCUCCCGAUCUCAUCGACAAUCUAGUCAAAAUAUAUUGGACAUACAUACACCCCACGUUCCCAAUGCUCCAUCGCCCGACAUUUGAAGCACACGUCGCCGACGGUCUUUAUCUCUCCGAUGACAAGUUUGGAGCUUUGCUCCUCUCGGUGCUGGCGCUAUCAGCGCAGUACUCGUCCGAUCCGCGUGUCAUGGAUAACUGUCAUGCGGAGGUAACGGUUGGCUGGAAUUACAUCGCACAAAUCCAAGUCGAUCAGUCGUUCAGUGCGACUCUCUUUGAAGUACAAAGCUAUGCGUUGAUCGUGCUGUUCUGCGUGGGGUCGUCUGCAUCUCAUUCAGCCUGGGGUUACCUUGUGGGAGUUUCAUUACUAGCGGUUCGCACAGGAUUAACACUUCCCAAGGGCCUCGGUAUCCGCCUUUUGCAGCAGCGUGGCAAUCAUUAUCAGAAGCGCGACCCUGAUAACUUGAACGCAGAAUUCGAGUCAUGGAACAGGACGUUCUGGUUGGCAUUCUUUUGGCUUGAUAACCUUGUCUCGGCCUUCCUCGGCAGGCCAAUAGGUCUCCAUCCGGAAAGCUUCGAUGUCGAUCUGCCGCUGGAAGUCGAUGACGAAUACUGGGGUCAGGGCUUUACUCAGCCCGUAGAAAAGCCUUCGUUGCUAUCGUUUCUUGUGCAUUCCGUCCGUCUGUCAGGGAUACUUGGCGACACUCUGCGUCGUUUAUACGCCUCCAAGAAGGCCAAGAUCCUUCUCGGGUGGAAAAGUGCAGAUUGGGAGCAACAGGUGGUGGCAGAACUCGACUCGCAGAUCAACGGUUGGUUGGCCUCCCUCCCUUCGUUCUUACGAUGGGACUCCCAGAACCCGCCUGAAAGCCAAAGCCUCUUCGUUCAAGCUGCGAUUUUGAAUGCGGACUACCACCAUGCGCAGAUCAUGAUCCACCGACCGUUCAUACAGAAGGACAACGUGCUGGCGGCACCGUCAUUGUCAAUCUGUGUGAAUGCCGCACACUCUAUGCUCAAUAUUGCAGACUUUUGGAUCAAACGGAAGUACAUGAACAUCCCCUCCCUCAAGCUCAAUACCAGUGUUUUCAUCGCUGCGACGGUUCUAGUUCUGCGAAUGUACGGCCAACGGCGGGCCGGACAGUCUAUAGCCAAGGAUCUGGCGUAUCUUGACAUUGCAUCUCGCUUGCUGGAGAUCGGGAAGCAUAGGCAAGGACGGUCCCAGUCGAUCUUACGACUGUAUCAGCUGCUGCUUUCGCUUGUGAACGCGGCUUGGGAAGAUACCGCGCAUAGACCUAGUCCCGGGUUCUACCCCCAGGAAACGGUGGUGAAUAGUGGACCGGCGGAUCAACAGCGACCCGAGGAGGGUCCUCUGACUGGUCCGAUUAUUCCUCUCCACGCCGAAGUGCCGGUGGACAUGAGUCUGGACGACGAGUAUAUGUCCUUGUGGAUGUCUGCGCCUGUCAACUUUGUUUCUUCGUGAGUGCGCUUUGUCUCACGUUCUCCGCACCCUCGUUGAAUCAUGGACGGCUGGGAGAAGCGGCACCGGGCGCUGGGAAGGAUAUGGUGCCCAGGAUUACUAUUGACUGCUGUGACCACUCAACAUAGUAAGUUUGUAACCGCGGUAUACUUAGCGCUCCCGGUGUAGCUGUAGUAACACUCCCCAAUUAUUCACUGAUAUUUAAA